GAAAUUAACAUAAACUUUUUAAAUGUGCUCCUUUAUAAAAUGAAAAAAAAAAGACCUAUAAAGUUAUUUAUUUUUCUGAAAAUUUUGUCCCUUUUUUUUUUUUUUUUUUUUUUAAUUUUUUUUUUAAAAAAAAAAAAAAAAAAAAAAAAAAAAAAAAAAUUAAAAAAAGCUCCAAAGUAAGCAAGCAAGCAAAAAUGCCCUGCUGAACAUACCAAUGGUGGUGCCCAAGUCACUUCAAUUUCUUGGUGGUCGCCUUUCUUUUUACAACUUCUACAAACCCCAGAAUGGAAUAGCUUGGAGAAGGAUGCUGAGUACUUAUGCAUCUUCAGCAGAAGGCGAAUUUGAUGAAAUCCGAGAUGACACCAAAACAUCAGAGAAAGAGAAAGCCACCGCACUGCAUUCGGCCCUCUCACAGCUUAAAGGUGAUUUUUGCAAAGAAUCAAUGUUGUCCUUGCAGCGCUUCUUUGGUUCUAGACGGACUCCUGUAAUACCUACAGGAUCAUUGAGGCUUGAUCUAGCACUUGGGGUUGGAGGACUACCCAAGGGAAGAAUUGUUGAAAUUUAUGGACAAGAAGCAUCUGGGAAGACAACACUUGCCCUUCAUGUAAUUAGAGAGGCUCAAAAGCUUGGAGGUUAUUGUGCAUAUCUGGAUGUCGAAAAUGGAAUGAACCCCUCCGUCGCUGAAGCAAUAGGGGUUAAUGUAGAGAAUCUGCUUAUUUCACAGCCAGAUUCUGCUGAGAACUUGCUGAGUAUUGUCAAUACCCUGACAAAAAGUGGAUCCAUGGAUGUAAUCGUGGUUGAUAGUGUGGCAGCUCUUGUUCCCCAACUUGAGCUUGAUGCUACGUUAUGUGACUCUCCUAAAGGCUUGCAGUCAAAGAUUAUGACACAAGCACUACGUAAAAUUCAUUAUUCGUUAUGCAACUCUAGCACACUAAUUAUUUUCAUUAAUCAGGUAAGAAGAUCUAACAAAGGAUUAGUUCGAGGCAUCGGGUGUAUGGAAGAAGUAACUUGUGGUGGAAAUGCUUUGCCUUUUUAUGCUGCCGUACGACUUAGAACAAUUAGAAAACAAUUGCUUACGACCAGGGAUAAGAUUACUGGUCUUGGGAUCUGUGUAAAGGUGGUUAAAAAUAAGCUAGCUCCUGCGUCAACAGAAGCUGAACUGAAGAUACAGUACGGCAGAGGCUUUUCCAUUGAAUCUGAGGUUUUGGAAUUGGCUUGUGAACAUGAAGUUAUUCUGAAAGGAGGUGGGAGCUACUUCAUAGAUGGACAGGUUUUAAAUAGUAGACAGGACGCUGAAGAUUAUCUAGCUUCCAACGGUGACAUUUUAUCAAAGAUAGUUGAAACUUUAAGAGAUCAGUUGUUCAUGAACAUUAAUGGAGAAAAGAAAAGUGAUUAGAUAGUCAUUUUCUGGUCUAAAUCAACUCUUAAGAUUUGUGUUGCCUCCUCCUGCAACUUUCUAAAGCCCUUUGAAGGAAAGCCGUCUCCAUGAACAGAAGCAAAUGGGAGUUUAUGUCCUCUAUCAGGCAUCUGCAAUCUCAAAUCAUGCUACUCAAGUAACCUGCUUAUCGACUUCCUUCUGCUACUGUCUGCAAGGUAUGCUUAUACUUGAGACUCGACUUCUACUGAUGGUGGACAUACAAAUCUUCAGGCUUUGGCCAUUGCAAAUGAUGGUUGGAGCAAUUACUGUGUCCUUAUAGAAUGUUAGCAUUUCUGAUAUUUCUUGUUCAAUUGUCAUUAUCUUGCCGAUGGCGUUAUGUUCCAAAGGUUUACAAAUUUGUAGCCUGUGAUAUCUGUCAAGCUCUGUUGAGAACAUUGUGCCUCUCAUGUGUUAUUCUGUUACAUUGGAUGUAGCAUAGAUUGUGGAAGUUGGAGUAAAUUUGCUCUUUAUCUUCUUGA